GCGGCAGAGCGCGGAGUCUGCCGUUGCUCUCCGCCAAGGCGAAGAGGAAGACCCAGUGGAAGCCGCUAACAACGGAAGUGGGACUUUCCGGUGCCCUUGUGCGACAGACUGUCAAGAUGUACAGACACGUAAUUGCUUUCCAGCAGGUGGCCCGACGGACUAUCUCCAGCUCUGCCCGCCGGGAGAUGAAGAACAAGGUCCCAGAGAAACAGAAACUGUUUCAGGAGGAUAAUGGGCUGCCGGUACAUUUGAAAGGAGGGGCCGCUGACGCUCUGCUGUACAGAGCAACGAUGACACUCACUGUCUUCGGAACUGGAUAUGUCGUGUAUGAACUGUGGAAGGCAGCGUUCCCUCAGAAGAAGAAUUAACUCCACUGCCUCAGCUGUUUAUUUCCAUUUUAAAAGCCGGCCAGCCGCUCUAUAUUGUUUCAAAGAGAUAAUACUCCAUCUGUGUCGGUGUGUUUCCCGUCGUGAUAGGAUAUUGUUUCAUGUUCAUGGGAUCAAUAUUUAUUUCUUUUACUCUCUCUAUGAUGACCUGAGGAUCAAUUAAAAAAAACAACAACCAAAAAAAAACUGUCUCAUGACCAAACCUGUGUACGUUUGUCUUUCUGAGCCGUUAACACAUUUUCUCAUCCGUGUUUCAAAUACAGAUGAAAACACGGUCAGAUGCGACGUUAAGAGGAGGCAGGUGAAACUGCAGGAUGUCCGUCAGGGGUCCGACCAUGAUUUUAAGAAACAAACGUCCUGGUGUGUGCCCAGUGACUUAGAACUGACCUGUUCAGUGGGUCAGUUUCUUCACUAGAAAGUGGUGCCACGGAAAACUUUUACAGCAAAUACGAAUAGUACAAAAAUCUCAAUACGAAUCAACGCUGAACAGCGAUUUAUUGUUCAGACUCUGAGUGAUUUGGGAAAAGUUUGCAAAUAAGAUUCAGCGUCACGUCCCGCAAAGUUUUCAGACGACCUCGACACAGCUAAAGGGUUGAUUCACCCAAAUUACCAAAAACAUUUCCUCUCCUGCCUCUCGUUGUAUCCUACCGUGCAGAUAAGUCUCGGUUUUAUACGGCCAGGUUUUGAGGUCCCUGUCUCAGAUUUCUGAAGGAUAGUCGGGAUCUCUGGUACAAUUUGGAAAGAGGGGUCUGUAGUCAAAACUCCAGCAACGCUUGAAAUAUGAAGAAACCACCAUUAUGUCGUACUGGAAGUGUUGCUGGAGAUAGUUUGGCUUGUGCUGCUUAUGGCCU